AUGGCAUUUGCAUCCUGCUCCGUAAUCAAGACCCUGCCGCCUAUAAACCAUGUAUCAGCUACGCCUUCAAAAAAACGCACUGGCAGUCCUUCUACUUCUGUGCGAGAUCGUACGGUUGUUGUAUUUGACUGGGAUGAUACGCUCUGUCCAAGUUCAUGGCUUCACGCGCAUGAUCUGUUACCCAAGUACCGUGGCCACCAGAUUUCUGUCACACCAGAGCAACGGGAGGUGCUUAAUUUCAUUAGUGCACACGUUGCACGGCUUUUACAAAAGGCUGUAGCCUAUGGUCCAGUGUUUGUUGUGACCGCUGCAGAAUACGGGUGGGUUGAAAUGUCAGCUGCCUUGUACUUACCAGACGUACAAAGUGUACUAGCACUUGCAGAUGUACACAUUGUAUCUGCUCGAAGCUGGUACGAACAAACCUUUGGACUUGGUGGUGACUCAGCGGCUUGGAAGCAGGAAGUCAUGCAGCUCAUUGCACGCAAAUGCUUUGCAGCCGCAGCUGCUCAGGAGACAAAUGUCAAUGGCAACCGGACAUUCCGGCAAGCAACUACUACCCCACGAGAUGCUUAUUUCAACUUCCUUUCGAUCGGAGACUCAAUGGCAGAACGUGAUGCGUGUUUUGCUGCGGUCGAGAACGUCUGUCGCACAUUCGCCAAGACGCUCAAGUUUAUCGAGCAUCCUACUGCCGAGGAGGUGCUGCAGCAAGUAGAGCUCACAUACGAUUCGUUUGAGCAAAUGUGCGGCUGGGAUAAUAAUCUCGAUUUGCGGUUGUCUCGAGCGCAGUUGGCAGAACUGCGCGGUUCGCCUAUUUAA